CUCACCUCUCCCCCUUAAAACUCUCCAAUAAUUGAAUUGAAUCGCAAGCAAUGUGAAUUGAAAUCUUAGCUAAGAUUUUGGGAUAAAAUUUUUCAAAUUACAGUUAUCGCAAUCAAUCAAUCAAUAAAUGCAGAUGAUUAUUCGGAUUAUCAUUGAUGAUGAAUUUUGAAUUUUUUGUUUAUUAAUACUAGUUAAUGGUGGAUUCUCUAGUUGUAACUCUGCGGUGGUAGUGGUAGUGGUGGUGGUUGUGGAGGUCAUGGCUUGCCUAUUUGGUUGUUUCAAAAUCAAGGAUGUUACGCUUCCUGCUACACCUGGUUCUAGGUCGGAGUCGAAUCGCGUUUCGCAAUCUACGCCUGCUAAGGAACCUAUGGUGUCUCGCAAUAGAAGUCCAUUAUCUUCACUUUUUACUGAAGAAAAUGAGGAGACCAACACUUUGGGAUGCAAAGAAGUGGAGAAUCUGAGUUUGGAUACACCAAUGCCACAGUUGAACACAAAUGAGCUUAGGAAUCAGGCCAAGUUUCUCAAAGCUUGUGGAACCUUACCUGAGACUCCUUCUGAAAUUCGGAACUUCUCAAUGAAAUGCAAAGACCUGUCCGCUCCAAUGGAAGAAGUUGAGCCUUUAAAAGUCAAUUCAUGGCCCUCUGAUACAACAUAUCAGAAGCUCAACUUGAAUUCGUUAUCUGAUCAGCCUACACCUGUCAAGAUUGAUGGAGUAAAGACGCAUUCUGGUUCCUUCGUGCAUACGCCUAGCAGUUGUUUAACAGAUGGACAAAGUGAUCAAAGUUUAUCUAAAAGCUUCAUCAAAGGCAAUGAGAAUUCUAGCACUCCGAUAUUCAUUGAAGUUAAAGCUAAUCUGGCUCGUAAUGAUAACAAGGCUUCAGCAGCUUCACCAAUCACUGCUCCAACUGCCCAGUACAGAUACCGAUCUGUUCAUUUUGAAAGCGAGUCUGAUCUGUCUUCAAUGUCAUCAAAAUGUAUUUCAUCUGAAACAAGUCAAAGCUCCGAACAAUCUGAAUCAUCAGGCAACUACAAUGCAUCAAAGUAUUCACCCUAUCCAACCCCAUUAAAGCUGUCGGAUGAGAUGCAAACACCUGGAACCAUUUUUCCAGCAUAUUUGGACCGCAUGGGAAUAGCUAAAACUGCACGGAUCAGGUCUCAGUAUGUGUAUCCCGUUCUAAACCCCGUGGAUGAUGUUUCACAGUUGAAGGAAUUGUCAGAUGAAGAUUCUUACUCUACUCAAGAUUCCAAUUCUAGAUUAUUUUCCAGUCACACGACAGAUUCUGAUCAAAGGCCUGAAGAGGCAACCCAUAUUUCAGAACUAGGAAUGUCUGGAUUCGGAGAAAGUGCUGCUAAUAAAGACUCAAAACCACCUUCAAUCAAUCAAGUGCAGAGUAAGCAGCAUCUUGGUCCUGUUCAUUAUGGAAGAACUCCUAGAGAUAGACCUAUCAUCGGGUUGGUUGCUGCUCAUUGGAAUGACGAUGAAACUUCCCGUAUAUCUCCUAAAUGGUGGGAUGGAAAUGGGAUUCCAAAUUCUACUAACAAGUACAAAGAGGAUCAAAAAGUUAGUUGGCACGCAACGCCAUUUGAGGAGAGACUAGAGAAGGCAUUGUCUGAAGAAACUAACAUUUCACAAAGGACACAACACAGUGGGACGACACCAAUUGCUGUUAAUGAAGCUGAGGAAUCAAAUACUGCUACAUCCCAAGUGCGCUAAUCAUCAUCUCUGAUUGAAAUUUCUCAUUCAGUCUCGCGUUUCAUUUCAUUUCCAUCAUUUCGAAAACACAUUCAUGGUUUAUCUCUAGAUUUUUGCCUCCCUUUGAGCUUGAUUUGCUUCUCAGACUUAACUGUUUUACGCAGUCAAAUUCAUAUGUUUGCUUCAUUUCUGAAUGAAAUCUUGGUAAAACCUUUUGAAUGAAAUUGUAAGUUU